GUCUGGUUGCUAUGGCAAGGAAGAACUACAUAUCACAAGGUGAUAACCAGUAGCUAACUAAUUGGCUUGCUAACAGUUAACUAACUAGCACACAUUUUGCUAGCUUGUCAACGGGACAUGGCUCCUUUGCAAGUAGUUAAAUUACUAAACAUAAUGGAUUAAGCAGGGAAUAAUGAAAGAAACACAAUGGACACAUUGCCAGAUCUACCAGAUCUUAAUCUAAAGCAGUAUUUCAAGGAAGUGGAUUACAGCAACUGGCAGCGGAGCAACAGAAGAAAGGAUGCGUCUGGGCAGAAGACAAAAACCGUCCCUUGGGCUCAUCCGCCCACUUUGCCCAAAGUUUCCAGCCCCUCUGUCAGUGGGAAAACGGCGAGGAGAGAAAACGGUAGCGCAGCGUCCUCCGCUGCAUCCAAACAGGUGCAGCUGGACUUGCCGGGACUAUCCCGCCCCGGCACUGUCCAUGUAGGAUCGACUGUGUCCUUGAAGACUAUGUACGCGAUGAAGAAGAACGCCGUUGCACUCGAGCCCCUCCCUCAGAAGAAAGACACUACCAAAAUACUGAAGAUGCUGAUAAAGUUGAGGAGGGAUGCCAUAGAACAGCUGGGGGAGCACUGCGUGUCCUUGCAGGAGAGGAACCAGCGGUUGACCCGAGAGAUCGAGGAUGCGAACCAGAACUCUUUCUCCAGCGUGAGGGAAUCCAUCAUGCUGCAUGGGAAACUCGGGGAUACAUUUGCCGCUUUAAAUGGGUUUAGCCGGAGGCGAAUCGGCCAGGCCCAAGCCGAGCUGAGGGACGUGCAGGACUCCACGGAGAAACAGCUGUGCGGUUUGCGGGAGCAGCUCGGAGGCGUGAGCGCGGACGUGCUGAAGGCCCGGGAGGAGCUGCACACGCUCAGAACCUACAGGGACAUGCAGUACCCGGUGAAGGCGCUGAAGAUCGCCAAGAUGAAGGCCGAGAUCCACAGCCUGAAAGAGAAGCUGCAGGAUGAGCACGAGGGCGUGGCGUCGAUCUGCAAAAACCAGAUGGAGACACUGGCGGAAAAAUCCAGAGAGAAGGAGGAGGACAUGUUGUCUGCGAUCGCUAAACAACAUUUGUCCUACGUGUCGCCCGUGGUCCAGCAGAUGGCUUCCCGGAAUUGCCUGAUGAGGAAGGAAAUCGAAACGUUCAAAAAGAGGAUCAGAGAGCUGGAGGAGGCCAACGAGGAGCUGGCCGCCGAGGUCGGGGCUCUCCGGCGCUCCCGCGGGAGCCUCAGGAAGGAGACGUCCCGCCGCGGUUUCCCCGAAGCAGAUAAAUGUACUCCAGAUAUGGAUGUGGUGCUCAACAUUCCCCAAGAAGAGUGGCUCCCUAUUUAGCUGUGCUGUUACAGAAGUCCAUGUUUAAAUCACUGUGUCCUGCACCUGCAAUCUACGGUUUCUGUACACAAACUCAGAGAAGCAGUUUAAACACGUUACUGUGGUUUAUACCGCAGUUAAUAAGUCCGUCGUCAUGCUACCAAUCACCUCUCGACAACCGUUCAGAAUAUUUGUGAAAAUAUGCAAUAAAUGC